UCUAGGCGGAGUAUACUGCUGGAGGAGUUCUUUCGCCAAUUCCCUAUCUCCCGGAGCCUGGCCCGGCCCAGCCUAGCCUCAUCGCUGUGACCCACUUCCUAGCUGCAGGCUGGACCUAGGGGAGGCAAGCGGAGAGCUCCAAGGGGAGGCCACACCCACGAGGGCAGCUCACUGACUUAGAAAGCCGACGGGGUACUGUGUCCAGGAGGCGAGUGGGCAGCAGGUUAGUACCUAAGGUGCAGGGACCACCCCCAACCCUCUGACUGGGGGUGGGCUUCCCAGAAAAGCAUGGCUCGGCCAGUUCCAGUCCCGUUUCAACGCUCAGCACCCGCCCUGCCUGUGCGCGAACAGCUCCGGCCCGCAUGGGCAGCCGGAGACCCUGUGUGACACCCGGAGUUUACUGGGGUCUCCGUGCCGAGAGGACUUUUCCAGAGCAAUGGCGACUCCAUAUACCCGCAGCUUCUGCGCCCGGGGAGGAUAUCCAGGAGCUGCAAAGCUCUACUGGGCCCAGGCUGCCACCCUAGAAGUCCCCUUCCUUCCCAGUGCCGAGGGGAGGCAGGGCCGGGCGCCGGGACCGCGCAGCCUCCGGGCCCUUCGCACGGUGAACCGUUUCCGGGGCGGAUGCUUUUUGCAUCUGAACCAGCGCGCCCGGUGACGCCUUCGCGUCCAAGCGGAAGCGAGGGCGGAGGAUCCUCAGCUGGGUCCCGAGCCUGAGCCAGAGCCGGGAGCCGGGAGCCGGUCGCGGGGGCUCCAAGCUGGGGGACCGCCGGGCCCCCAGCGAUGGCGACCCUAUGGGGAGGCCUCCUUAGGCUUGGCUCCUUGCUUAGUUUGUCAUGCCUGGCGCUGUUCGUGCUCUUGCUGGCGCAGCUGUCAGACGCCGCCAAGAAUUUCGAGGAUGUCAGAUGUAAAUGUAUCUGCCCUCCCUAUAAAGAAAAUUCUGGGCAUAUUUAUAAUAAGAACAUAUCUCAGAAAGAUUGUGAUUGCCUUCAUGUUGUGGAGCCCAUGCCUGUGCGGGGGCCUGAUGUAGAAGCAUACUGUCUACGCUGUGAAUGCAAAUACGAAGAAAGAAGCUCUGUCACAAUUAAGGUAAAAGAUAUAUCUCUGUCUAUCUCCCUCCCUCUUUUCUGCUUCUGGAUGGUUUCUAGACAAGACAGAAAAUUUUGGACCCCCAUGCCAAAAGAAAUAAUGGGCCUGUUCUAUUGGGGAAGCUGGGAAAUGAGGAAGCUUUUGGAAGCUAGUCCAGUUAGUGAUCAUCAGCCUUUUGCAAAUGCCCAUGAUGUGCUAGCCCGCUCCCGCAGUCGAGCCAACGUGCUGAACAAGGUAGAAUAUGCCCAGCAGCGCUGGAAGCUUCAAGUUCAAGAGCAGCGAAAGUCUGUCUUUGACCGACAUGUUGUCCUCAGCUAAUUGGGAAUUGAAUUCAAGGUGACUAGAAAGAAACAGGCAGACAACUCGAAGAAACUGACUAGGUUUUGCUGGGCUUCAUUUUAAUACCCUGUUGAUUUCACCAAUUAUUACUGGACGAUUCAAAACUGGAAGCAAAAACAUGCUUGAUUUUUUUUCUUGUUAAUGUAAUAAUAGAGACAUUUUUAAAAGCACACAGCUCAAAGUCAGCCAAUAAGUCUUUUCUUAUUUGUGACUUUUACUAAAAAUAAAUCUGCCUGUAAAUUAUCUUGAUGUCCUUUACCUGGAAUAAGCAUUCUCUUUUUCACCACAUAGUUUUAACUUGAUUUUCAAGAUAAUUUUCAGGGUUUUUGUGGUUUUUUUUGUUUGGUGGGAGAGGGGAGGGAUGCCUGGGAAGUGGUUAACAACUUUUUUCAAGUCACUUUACUAAACAAACUUUUGUAAAUAGACCUUACCUUCUAUUUUUGAGUUUCAUUUAUAUUUUGCAGUGUACCCAGCCUCAUCAAAGAGCUGACUUACCCAUUUGACUUUUGCACUGACUGUAUUAUCUGGGUAUUUCCUGUGUCUGCACUUCAUGGUAAACUGGAUCUGAAAUGCCUGGUGGCUUUUCACAAAAAGCAGAUUUUCUUCAUGUACUGUGAUGUCUGAUGCAAUGCAUCCUAGAACAAACUGGCCAUUUGCUAGUUUACUCUAAAGACUAAACAUAGCCUUGAUGUGUGUGGUCUCACUCAUCUUCUUCUAGUAUCUUUAAGGACAGAUCCUAAGGACUUGGACACUUGCAAUAAAGAAAUUUUAUUUUAAACCCAAGCCUCCCUGGAUUGAUAAUAUAUACAUACUUAGCAUUUCCAGUCAUGUUGAGAGGCAGCCGUGUGAGCUCCAAAGUGUGCAGCUUUGAACUAGGGCUGGGGUUGCGGGUGCCUCUUCUGAAAGGUAUAACAGUUAUUGGAUAACUGGCUUUUUUCUUCCUAUGUCCUCUUUGAAAUGUAACAAUAAAAUAAUUUUUGAAACAUC